AUGUCUAAGAAACUCGUUGUUGUCUGUGGCGCUACUGGCCAGCAAGGGGGCUCGGUCGUCCGCGCCCUUCUUGACCAUGGAGGGUACGCUGUCCGCGCUCUCACGCGUGAUCCUGCGUCUCCGUCUUCGAGGGCUCUUGCUGCCCUGGGUGUGGAGGUUGUCGAAGCCUACCCGAACGACAAGGGGUCGUUGAUCAGGGCGUUCCAAGGCGCAUAUGCUGUAUUUGGGCUGACAAUAUCCCACACCGCUGAUAGCGAGACCGAUAUGGGACGAAACAUGGUCGACGCCUGCAAGGCCAACAACGUCUCUCUCUUUAUCUGGUCGUCCCUGCCCAGCGCGAGGGAGACGUCCAAGGGCAAACAUACCGAAGUUCGUGCAUUUGACGAGAAGGCCGAGGUGGACAAGUAUAUCGCAACUUCCGGCCAGCCGAGUGUGAUCUUCAGCACUGGCGGCUUUGCUGAAAACCUUCCGCACCAGCUGAAGCAAGACAAGUCCGACCCGUCGAAAUGGCACGUUCUGUAUCCUUUCGCAGCGCCAGACGUCGUGCUCACCUGCACGAUCACCGGGAAGGAGAUGGCAGAGACUAUUCAACGCGGUAUGAAAUGUGGAUAUGACUGUGUUUGGUCACUGACAGAGCGGACAGUGACGGGCAAACAGACUGAUUACGUCGCGACUGACACGGCGUUCCCUCCUACCAUUCCUCUGUACAAAUGGCAAGCAGACGGAUACUACACCUACCCUGGAAGUAUCCCUCCUGAUAUCCUCGUCAAAGCGGGUGUUCAAUUCCACACCUUUGAGGACUACGUGAAGGAUCAUGUCGUUGCCUUGAUGAAUACGGCUUAGUAUUACCGACCGGCGAUAGAUUGUACUGCUCGAGGCUAGCAUGUUCAAUUAGAUCAGAACACC